CUCGGACACUCCCGUAAAGUUGAAGUGGCAUGUCCACAUCAGCCAUGAUUAUGUAAGCAGAGGCUCACCAUUUUGCCCGGUCUCACCGCCUUGACACGCGCAGACAAUAUACAUGUUGGCAUGCGCGUUACAAGUCGGUGCCACUCGAAGUGAGGAUACGGACCGAGGAUAGCCUGCGUCUACAACACGACUUCUCGAACAGCUUUUGUCAAGGGCGGAUUUAUCAUCACUGCGCAGAGUCGUGUCCGAGAAAUUGCGGACUUGAGAUGGAAACAUCUAUUUCGUCUCAGUGAUCAACCACUGUCUCUACAAGUCACAGCAGUGGAGAUAUCAACUGCCUACACCCUCUAGCAGAGGAACUUAUUUCAUUAUCCGCUCGAGUCCAUGCAUUGCCCACGAUAACAGUCAGUUCGCCCUAAUGCUGACGAUGGCCGACAUCGCCAGCGAUCGCCAUAUCGACCCGGACGCCCAGGCUGCCGUGACAGACUUUCUCGACUACACCGAAUACCUCCCCUCCGACCUAAUUCGAUCACUCACAUUAAUCCGUGGUCUUGACCAAAGAUACCUCGAUAGCGCCGAUGCUGUGAACGGCCUUACAAGAACCUACGGAUCACUUCCUUCCAUCCCACCUGCAGAGAAGCCAGACGCCCAGGACCUCCGGUCCCAAAUAUCAAGUCAUUUGGAUCAUGCGCUCAGCGCUCGAGAGAACUCGUAUGCAGAAGCGUGUCGGCUAUUCGACGUGGUGGACAGACAUCACAACAGACUGAAGAGCAUCAUCGCCAAACUACAUGCAAUCCCCAAACCGCCGUCGCGCGAUCCAAGUCCCCAACCUCCAGCGUCUACUCAGCAGGCCGCCAAACGCUCGCGAAGCGGGAGAAAGCUCGAAAAUGGUACCUCCACCUCCACCAGACUGACCUUGAUCCCGCCUCGAGGCGGCAAUGCAGUCGCUUCUGCGAUCCUGAAAAGACCGCGUGGUCGUCGUGUCACUGUUCCUGGAGAAGUCAUGCCGCCGUAUGAUCCCGACUCGCCUAUUGCGAGCACAGAAGUAUCGGAUUGGGAAUCUCCGCCACCGCAACCGUCUCCUCCCCCGCGGCCAGUUCUCAAAUUCAAGCCACCAAGGCCUCCUUCUACUCCUGCGCCUUCUGUGUCACAGCUCAAGCAAAGGGCAGCUGUGACAUCAGAGAAGAGCCGGCCAGCACGGGAGCCAACCGAGACAUACCGCAAACCCACCCCUCCGCCCGAAGAUGCCGAGAUCGGAAGCAAGUACAAGCCUUGGACACAUCUGACCGAAUAUGAAAUGUACAAGUUGAGGAAAAAGAUGAAGAAGAAUCACACCUGGGAGCCCAGUGAUGUUAUGAUCAGACGGGAGCUCGCAGAUCGUGGUCGAGGUUGGGACAACUACUACCGCGCCAAAGCAGAAGCCCAGGCCAACGGAACCUCGUUCAUCGACAUCGAUAGCGUCGAACGAUUGGGACCAAAGGCUGAGAAGCCUGACAAAUCCGACAAGGUCGAAAAGGCUGACACUGUGGAGGUGUUGCAGCAUACAGACAAGGCGGACAAGGGCGAGAAGCCAGACGAGGUUCACGAUGGUCCGGAGGAAGAUCAAAAGCCAGCGGCUACCCCCUUGCCGAAUCCAGCACCCGUCUCUAGUGCUACGUCUGCCUCCAGACCUAAGACUGUGAAGAAGACCGAACCGAAGAAAGACAAGAAACCUGAUCCUGCCCGGUCACAAGCAGCACUUGCCGCUCAGGAAGCAGAACUUGCUGCUCGCAGACUGGGUGACAUUGGCUCCAAGUUCCGCACGCUGUUUACCACGCCUUUUACGUCCCUUGCCUCCUUGGGGCGAAGUAAUACUACGCCUGUUCCUAACAGGACCAUUACAGUGGUCAAGAAAGCAACCGACAAGACGUCCAAGAAGAGGAAAGCAGAAGAGACCCCGGCAUCCUCAACUUCGCCCUCUGCAGAGCCAGAUGCGGCGAGGAAGAAGCAGAAGACGGGUCCGAAGCCCUCGCCGUUGGGACCAAGUUCGCUGGAAAUGCCCACGUCUACUCCGGUUUCGGCGAGUAGUGAGCCGCCACGGCUCAGUGCAGGCACUAUCAAAAUCCCACUGAAGCUCACUGUCUCGACGGCAAAUUCUCAGCCAUCCAAAGCCUCGACCCCAACACCGACCACACGAGCAGCGAGCGUCCAUCGGACUUCUGUGGCGCCCAAAACCGAGUCGACUCCUCCGGUGCCCUCGAGGCCGCAGUCGCGGCGCUCGACAGCUGCCUCGGUUGAACCACAGGCGCCACAACAUCGUCCGCGUUCGUCGGCAACGCCUUCGGUAGCCGGACAAAGGCUCUCUACAGCGGAUGCACAUAGCCCGAGAGGUUCUUCUGCCACCGCUACAGCUGCCAGUCGGCGUAGCAAGCGUGACGCUCCUGGGACAGUGAUGCAAUCGAGUCAGGACGGCGGGGCUGCAGUAAGUGUGAGCAAGCGGAGAACCAAGCCGGCGAAACAGCAGAAAUCGACCCCCAAGCCCGCCGCGUCCGCCACUGCUGCAUCGCCAGACGUUCCACAAAUCCGCAUCGAUGUUGAUGGUCGACAAGAGAUUGUCGACCCCGACGAGGAGCGAUACUGUGUAUGCGGCGACGUCAGCUGGGGCGAGAUGAUUUGCUGCGAGCUUGACGAGAAGUGUGAUUAUGGCCAAUGGUUUCAUAUGGAGUGUGUAGGGUUGGCCGAGCUGCCUCCGCGCACGGUAAAGUGGUACUGUCCGGGCGACCGAAAGAAAUACCACAAGGGGGAGAACAGCAAUGGCCUCGUAGGUAGAGGCAUCAAGUAACGAGAUCUGGUAAAAGCCGAGCGACCUGAUGAUUGCUACGAUUUGUCGAUUCGGCCAAUGCCACUGGAGGCCAGCUGUGGGAAGCGAAUUGCAAGUUUAUCAUGCCAGCGCUCGAUCAAGCGGCUAGAUUCUGUCCCCCAGAGUGCUGCAUUUACCGAUCUUAUGACUUAGCUGGGUUCCUUUCUUUGAUGUGCCAGAGGCAUAGUCCACAUUGCAAGCCGGUCCACGCCUUGUGAUGUAUCUCCGUCGAUGAGACACUAACCUUAGGACUCCAGAACAGAAACUGAGUAUGCCUGGAUGGUCAUGGCCGCGAAAAUUGAUAACCCAUGAUCGCUAAUGCAAAAUUCUGCUGGUGUCAUGGAUUUAAUCGAAGCGUCCGUAAAAAACGACAACCUUCCGCGUGGAGCAACGUCAAGUAUUUUCGUACUUCAUUACUUCCUGGCGACCUACCCCUGGCCGGAAGUUCCCUGGCUAGGGAUACCUGGAAGCGAGAUCGGAUGUUUGGGUUAGGGGAAGCAGCACGAUGCCGUCAGCAGCAAAGUUCCGGUCCGGUAUGCAAACCCUAUUGGGCUGGGAACUCCGCGUAUCUUCGUUGCGGAACUCUCAGACAGCCGACUUGGAUGCAGGAAUGAACAAAAUGUAAGAGUAGACCGGACAAAGAAUGACCACAGCGGACUGGCGAGGCGACCGAAUCUACAUAAUGUCGAGUGGCGAGCUGGCGAGCCUACGGUCAGUGUAGCAGAGACUUGGAACGUGUCGAAUCCGAGUCCUGCAGAUCAAGUACCUUGACAGCAGAUUUGCCGCUGUCAAGUACAUCGACUCUUCCAAAUCCCACUGCAAGCGGUACUGUCGGUGUUUCCUUCGAAAUAGUCUGUGUAGUCUUCCGAGACUCGACUGGGACCGAGUCGUCAGACACACCUUCCACAUUGAAUCUGUUUCACAAGCGCGUCGGCAGAGGGUCGAAUGGCGCCAGUCUGGUUCC